AUGCUUUCGAUUCAACACUCUAGAUUAUCUCAACGAGGCUUAGCCAAUGUUGAGAAGAUAUGGCCUCGCAUCAGCAGCGCUGUUGCAGAGCGGGAAAACAAUUCCAACCCUGUGAUUGAUCUCGGAACCUCCGAGAAUUGGUUGAUCCGGAAUGAACUCUUGCAGAUUUACAAGAGAGCGGUGGCUGGAAACUUUAGUGAUAGGCACUUGUCAUAUCCCGAUGGCUUCGCUGGCGAUGUGGAAUUACUCAAAGCAUUGGCUAGUUUUUUCAAUUCAUACUUUAAGCCUCACGUACCUGUUGAGGUAGAGCACAUUGCUACAGCACCAGGGGCAGCAUUCGCCCUCGACGCAUUGCUUUACAACAUCUGUGAGCCUGGUGAUGCUGUCUUAGUUCCCGGACCUUUCUGGAAUGGGUUCGACUGGCUGCUCAACGUGAAAGCAAGUGUGCAGCCCGUCCUCGUCAACGUCGACACUUUCGAAAAUGUAUUCACCACGCAGUUAAUUCCAUCACUUGAAAAAGCAUUUUCGGAGUCUACGUAUCCUAUCAAGGGUCUCCUUUUCACGAAUCCUCAUAACCCUUUCGGACGAUGCUAUCCGGAAUCCGUAAUCAAAGAAUGUAUCAAGUUCUGUAACGCAAAGAAUAUUCACUUCAUCUCUGACGAACUAUAUGCUUUGUCGGCAUUUGAAAGUCAAGACCAACCCACCCCCGAGCCAUUCGUGUCAGUAUUACAGCUUGACAUCGAGGCUCUAGGUUGCGAUCAGUCACGGGUUCAUACUAUCUGGAGUACAAGCAAGGACUUUGGAUCAAGUGGGUUGCGAAUGGUUAGUUCUGCUUUCUCUAUGCGUCUUGGUAGCUACUAA